AUGGCUAGGGACCCUAGGGUGUCUCCAACGUCUUCAACUCCAGUGUUCUUUAAUCUGGAGACGUUUUGCAAAUGCGACUCGUAUCGUUGCGGGGUUCUACCGCUUGCAUUCCGUUUUCGAGGCGGCGGAGGGGCAGGUAUUGAGCGGCUGUACUCAGAGUUAGGCAAGUCCGGCAAAUUGGGCCGGCUCUGGACUGGUUCCCAGAGCGCAUCCUCGUCAAAAGCGCCUUUCUUGCCCUUUCGAUGUCUCACCAUGAUGAAUACCAGCCCUAAAGCCAGUAAAAAUCCAAAUACCGUUCCAACUGCAAUACCUGCCUUGGAUCCUUUUGAAAGCCCUCCACUAUGA